ACAAUAACGGGUCUUACUGACAGCAUACUGCUGCAACCAGAGCUGUGACUCCUGUCUAUAGUGGGGGACUGACAGUUGACAGACAAACUUUGACGGUGGGAAAAGUUUGAUGGGAGUCACAACGAUCUCCAACCUAUGCUGUUCGCGUGUAGGUGAUGGUGUGACUAUUCGUUAAAGGGGGAUUCAUGCGCUAAAAUGCGGAUUUUUCAACCUUUGCUGUCUGUUCUGUGCGCCGCACAGGUCCACAGCGUUUUCGACGGAGCCUGUCCCAGAAAAGACCCUCCCCCUGGUGUGUUGGUUGUAUCUACAGGCAGUAAGUUGGUUCUGACGUGCAGAGGUCAUGUAAUGGUGAACGGAGUAAAGGUCAAAAUUGCCACAGACAGCUCAAACACCAACAGUAGAGAGAGCUCUUCAGCUGCACCCACAACCACUGGAAACAUCAUAAAUAACAAACAUACUGUGGACAGUACUGUAAAUGUGGGAUACCACUUUAACCCUGAGGCAGAAGUCAGUGCUGUGACAGGAGGAAACCGAAGCCCAAGAUAUACGGGCACAGUAUACACGGCCUCUCCCACCACUGACAUGGUCCAACCAACCAGCGGUGGCAGACUGCUGAAGGGUGAAUCCAGCUGGGAGACCGAAGAGGUGGACGGUGAGGUUGAUUAUGAGGAAGAUGAGGAGGAGGAAGGGGAGAGGGGGAGCAGGGUAACAAGAGGCAUAAAAUCAAUGCCUCAGUGGAAGUGGAACGAGAGGACAAUAGGGAGUGGGAAGAGAGACUGGGGAGAAAUCACAUUUGAGAAGAGAGGGUCUUCCCUGUCUCUGUCCUCAGUAAGAGUGACAGACUCUGGGAAGUACACGUGUCAUCACAGAGGCAGAGAGAGGUUCUCCUUAAAAGUAACUGUUGCAGAUCCUCCUGAGAAUCCCAGCCUGUACUGCUACAAAAAGUCACCCAGCAGUAAGAUUCGCUGUGAGUCAGUGCCUCAGAAGCCCAUGACUAAACCAUCAAACUGUUACCUUGUACUGAAUAUAAGUCCGUCACAGACAUUCAUUAAUUUGCAGUGCUCAUACUCGUCUCGGCUCUCCCGCUAUUGGUGUGCUCUGGACCACAAUGAAGAUGAGCACAGAACACUUCAUACGGCCUUCCUGUGUGUUACGAACAUGGCAGGCAAUGCCACCAGCACCCUGCUCCACUUUACACCUCUAAACAUUUUAAAGCCGGACCCUCCAUCAGAUGUGAAAAUCACUGCGUUGGAGGGACAUGAGACGUGGAUAAAGGUCACCUGGUAUUCCCCGACCUCCUGGAAACAUCAAGACAGAUAUUAUGAACUAAUCUACGAGGUCAAAUACUGGCCUCUCCAGUCCUCAUUUUAUCAUAAGCAGGUAAUGUUGAUUAAGGGUUCACACUCCCACACAAUCAAAGAUGCCAUGCCUGGUGUUCAGUACCUGAUACAGCUCAGAGCCAAGGACGAAUAUGACGGCCAGUGGAGUGACUGGAGUAUACCUAUCAAUGCAAGCAGCUGGACAGCUCCUGUGCUCAUUGAUGAUCUGAUUACCACAACGUUUCCAGUAAUCAUAGAGGAAGGAUCUACUACAGACUACACGCCUGAUGACGUUCUUGGACCAGGAAAUGCUCCCUCUCCUGGACCAGUGGAGCUGUCUCAUGCCCUCUGGAUCUCUGGUUCAUUUGUUCUCUUGUCAGUCAUUUUGGCUGCCUACAUAUUCAGACACAAGGACAGAUUAAUGUCUAAAGUGCACCGUGUGAGUGUCAUCAUCCAGCCUCUUGACUCGUCUGAGCUUCCACCCACCACCCCAGCAGCCCCAGAGGAGCAGGCCCUGGUGACUUUUACCCGUCCACAUUACAAAGAACCCCCAGUGAAUGAAGGAGAAGAAGAGGACGGAGAAAAUGAGGAAGAACAGAGGGUGAAGGAGAGGAUAGAAGCCAUGCACUUCAACAACACAAGUUAUUUCUUUGUCCAGAGGGACUGAUGGUCAUUCAGAGGGGGGGCUUAAACUAGUUGGGACAUUUUAACAUACCAACUACUGCCGGAUUUGCAUUUUUCACUUCAGAACUGGUGUCACAAAUGACACAAAGGAUAAUGGACUUAAACUUUUUAUGGUUCUUCAAUUAGCUUCUUUUGGAAGCAACCUCAGGAAUAGUGUCUAUCUCUCUAACUAUCUCAUGCCUAAAAUACCUCUGAAAAUACUUUGUUGUUGUUAUUGUAUAAAGAGCAGCAUUUAACUACUGUGUCCUAUGUGUGUGUCAAUUUAAAAUGUUUUGAUAAACUAUGGAUUGGAUAUUUUUCUGCAAAAUUUGAAAGAUGUGACAACAGUUAUAGUUAACAGUUUUCAGUGACAAUAUAGCUAAAUAUUUCCUGUCAUCCAGCCUCCAGAAAAGGCUUCACCAGGGAAAACCUUAUCAAUUGGGAUUGUUGUGUUCAUAUAUGGAAUGUGAUGUAUGUGAUAAAUAUAAAAGUUGAUGAACUAAGUCAGUGAUCAAACUGUACUUAAAACACAAUGGUGGUUUACUGUUCUUGCAUUAUAUCAGAAUAGUCCAAAAGCUAUAGGAAAAGUAUUUUUGAGAAGCUUGUAAAUGUCUUAGCAGGCCUGAAGCUGACAUAACACUUUUGCUUUUUUGUUUUGUGUGUGUGUGUGUGUGUGUGUGUGUGUGUGUGUGUGUGUGUGUGUGUGUGUGUGUGUGUGUGUGUGUGUGUGUGUGUGUUGUUCUAAUCCUGCUACGUGAAGCACUUUGGGCUACAUUUUUGUGUCCUGUAUAAAUAAAGUUAAGUAGUAUGAGUA